UAUUCGGUUGUGGCUUUGUGUUCAUUUUUAAAAUUUUGAAUUUUUCUCAUUUACAACGUGCCAAUGACUUUAAAAAAGAUGUAUUUAUAUUUUGAUAAUGUAUCAAAACUCUGGAUUGCGGCAAAUGUAUAAGUUGUCCUCCCCCAAAUGACGGCACUGCACAUAAUUAAGGGCGCUUUCGAAGGGAUGAACGGUACGAGGUUGUCGAUCGAGAACUACAGGGCCGUCACGGACCGACCCAUGGAGGUAGACUUGAGCUUUUCGGACGAUGGCGGCGACGACGAAAAAAAUGACGAUCAGAUGUAUCGCGUGCCGUCCACACCGCGUUAUUCUGAAUCGUCUUUUAAGCAGUUCAUAAAACACCCGACCUACGUCCCGGGACGCGAGGACCGAGUGUUCGUCGUCAUUUUGGUAUCCUUGACGUUCCUAGUGCAGAUGUUUUCACGUGACAUUUGGGUACCGCUUUUCGGACCAGCUCUAACAGCUUUUCCGGCGUGGUCGCAGACGUCAUUGGCAUUGAUACCUUUUUGGAACACCUUUACGGGCGUAUUGUUGAUGAUCCCGGCCAGCAUCGGUAUCAACAAAUAUGGCAUGAAGACCAGCCUCUUGUGUUCGUGUGCAGUGACUACUUGCGGCACGGCCAUACGGUGUUUGCCGUUCUUCGAAGAAUCGAUGUUUGCGGUCCACGCAUCCGCCGUGUUCUUGUCCAUUGGUUCGAUCAUCGCGAAACCUCUGACGGUGACCAUAUCUACUUGUUGUUUUCGGAUCGGUGAGAGGAACAUGGCAACAGGAAUUCUGACCAUCGCGACUAUGAUGGGCUCGGCCGCGGGUCUCUUAGUGACCAUUGAACUUCGAGAACCGUCAUUUUUCGUGCCCAUGACCAACGUUCAGUGGAAAAUCAUCAUCGAGUACAUCAUGUACGGCUGUUUUACCGCGAAUAUCAUCUGCACGCUGUUGGUGAUGGUGUUUUUCCCGCAGGAAUCGUCGUCAUCGGAAUUAAGCUACUCAGUGAACCGACAACAAUUAUUGCCGUCAAAAUCAUUUAUGACGAACGCCAGUUUUGACAACGUCGGUCUUCUGUACAUCGCCUUAUCCUACGCGCUUUCCAAUGCGUUUUCGUGGCCUUGGUACCAAAUGAUCGACGUCACCUAUUCCUCGAUGGACUUUCCACAGUCGAUCGGCGUGGAUUGCCGGUUCUGGAUGAUCGUUCACACGUGUUCGCUCACUCUAUCCGCGUGCUGGUUCGCCGAUCAAUUCACCGGUUCCAACAAGCUCAUUGGACUGACGUGCUUAUUGCUCGGCUCGGUGUGCACCCUGUGGUUCGUGUCGGUGAUGAGACGCAUCCGGCGGAAUUUGGACCUCAUGAUGCACCUGAUCGUUGCCGUCUUGUUCGCGUUCCCGUUGUCGUGGUCCGCCAACAGUUUGCUGUACGAGCUGGCCGCCGACCACGCGCACCCGUUCCCGGAGAACGUGGCCGUCAGCCUGGUCGAGUCGCUGAGAAUCAUCUUGGAGAGUUGCUUGUACGUGCUGUUGGCUAUUUUUCCAGAACUCCAUAUCGACUGGUUACACGUGUUCACACUCGUGGCCGGACUGAUGGGUUUCAUAUUCCUGUUGUUACUGAAGGAGAUCCCGUGCAACAGAUAGAUAUUAAACGUCGGUUAGAAAACCGCAAUUAGAAAUAUUACAGUUUCGCCUUAUUGUUGAAUAAUCUAUGUUUGUGAAAUAUUAAAUAUAAUCUUGAUCGACACGUAUCACGUUAUGUACUGCGAUCUACGUCCGUUACGUCGCGGCAGGAUGCACGUAGGAUGGCCGUGUAUAGAGAGCGCUAACGCACCGAGUAAAAACAUUAAUCGUCGUGUCGUC